CGCGACCGGCUUCCGUUUCACCGCGCUGUGAUUGACGCUUUAAUCGGAUCACGUGACAUCACAGUAUUGUCCUCAGACGCUGAGCAAUCGGACCAACACUCGGUAAAUAGAUCAGAACUUGCGUCUGUUUUCCCCUUAGAUGCUUGAAUUUGCACCGAACGAAAGGUCCUAAUACAGUUCGAUCAUCGUCGCUGAUUAUGGCUGAACACCUCUCUCGACAGUGGCUAUCGCUAACGAUAAUAUUAGCGGUUUUAGCAGGCAUCGUCCAGGCUUUGGCUUUCACAGCGCAGCCAAGCAAUACAUCGGUAAAUGAGGGUGCAGAGUCCGUUGUUUUGAAGUGUAAACUAGAUACGGUAGUUACAAUACGCUGGUUCAAAGACGACACCGAAAUAAAAGAGGACUACAAAAAGUACACUUUUACAAGAGAUGGUCUGCGGAUAAAAAAUAUAGUGAAACCUGACGCGGGAGUUUAUUAUUGUAUGUCUACUGGAUUAAAGAGUAACGAAGCCACUUUGACUGUUAAAUACAUUUGCAAAGAUGGCUUCCAGAUAAAAAGCUCCGGUGAUGCAUUUCGUGGUGCGAGUGUCACCUUGACAUGUAAUUGCCCCUCGGUGCCUACCCCACUCUACACCUGGCAACAUAAAAACAACGUGCUACAAACCACGGGAAAUGUUUUAGUCUUAACGAAUGUUCAAAAGAGCAAUGGUGGAAACUAUGUUUGUGUUGUAAAAAGCGGUGGUAAAACGGCGACAAGCUUGCCGCACAAUCUCGCCUUUCAUGACUGUUCUCCACCGAAGGUUAUCCGUCCUCCUGAGCGAGAGACUCUUUUUGCUGUUGCAAAACCUUUGACGGUUCGAUGUGAUGCGAAGGGGGACGCCAAACUUGUUGUCAACUGGUAUCAUGGUAGCAAUAAGCCAAUGAGGAACACAACAUUUGUGAAGAUUUUACCAAACGGCGCUCUUUAUUUUUCCUCGCCGUUUGCUGAAGAUGCUGGAGAUUACCAAUGCGUUGCUAAAGAUUCUUGCUACCAAUCAAAAACAUACACAACGAAACUGGUGAAAGCGAAAAUUGGAUCGUUUAAGGCGAUGAAAGAUGUUUUGAAUCGUGUUGGGAGUACGGUAUCAAUAACGUGUGUUCCCCCCAGUAACUCGUACCCAAGAAUCAAGAACGUCACUUGGCUUGUGCGUAAAAACAGUUCCUUACCAAACGAUGCAAGAAUUUCAGUCGUGGACGGAACCUUACGAAUUGAAAAGGCCCAAAAGUCAGACUCGGGAACGUACAGAUGUGUGGCUGAAAACGCCGCUGGUCAACGUCAUGUUGAUGUUGCUGUCAUUGUUGCAAUUUACCCUGAAGUGACACGAGACCCAAUGAACAAAACCAUCAUUGAGAAUGAGACGGCGAGAUUAGAAUGUCAAUUCAGCGGGGACCCAAAACCCGUGAUCACGUGGGAAAAGAAUGGGGAGAGUUUGCCCGUUGAAACAAACAUUCACCAGAAAACGAUUGGUAGCAGUUCAGUCCUGAUUAUUAAGAAUGCUGAAAGUGAUCAAUCUGGAAAAUAUCGUUGUUCUGCAAAGCUGAAGCAUGUCACUGAGCGAACUAAGGAAGCCACGCUGUUUGUUAAAGAGAAAAUCAGGUUGGAGACAUUCAGCUCGGAGAAAUUCGAUGAAGGCAAAGUUGCGAAGUUGAUUUGUAAGAUCAUCACUGGCACCAAACCAUAUCAUAUUCGUUGGGUUAAACAAGGCAUGAAGGAGGGACUUCUUCCGCAUAUGAAAGUGGUUCGGGAGUCCACUCUUUUAAUUGAAAACGCGCGAAUGAGCGACUCAGGAAACUACUCGUGUUACGUCAAUAACUCCUUCAGCAGUGAAUCGCUCACGUUUACCGUCCACAUUUACGAUUUCGCAAAAAUCGUUUUGAAACCGAAGAAUGUAACUGCCAAAAUAAACAACACCGUAUUAUUCAAUUGCAAGGCAACGGGAAUACCCAAACCUAGGAUUCUGUGGUACAUUAGCAAAACAAAAGGCGACAAUGGUUGGAAACCAUUGUCAGAUAAACCAGGAAGUAAAAUCUUUCCCAACGGGUCAUUGCUGUUGCAUUCUGUACAAAAGAAAGAUGCAGCAAAAUACAGGUGUAUGGCUGGAAAUGCUGGUUAUAUCGACGACGCUGUUGCGCAUUUGAGCUUUAGAUCAAAGGACAAAACAACACCCCGUAUGUAUUUAACAAUGAGUACAGGUUUGAAGUUAAUGACUAACCAACCAACCAUACCUUGGCUCACCACGGUAUACCAUAGUUCAGGGCAACCAGCUGGAGGGUCCGAGGGGACAGGUGGAGAAACUGAUGAACACGAGUCGGACGAUAUGGGUAAGACAGUGGGGAUCGCCGUAGGAUGUGCAGGGGCAUAUAUCAUUCUUGUCGUUGGUUUAAUGAUCUACUGCAAAGGCCGGCGAGCAAGACAGGCGAAAAAUAAAUUAAUUGUAAACGGGGAAGACAUUCCUCUUAAACCGGACGACAAUGUUGAUAAUGUUGAGGUAGUGAAAGGGCCUGAAGCGCUGAACGCACCACACUACCCACGAGAGAACCUGGAGACGUUACGAACGCUCGGAACCGGUACUUACGGGCUCGUUUUCCUUGCAAAGGCUUCGGAAAUCUCCGAGGGCGAAGGCUCGAGUAUUGUCGUCGUGCAGUCGUUGACGUCCGACGAUGAAGUCGUGAAGAAAGACUUCAUGAGAAGAAUGGAGAUGCUGUCGUUGAAACAUGAAAAUAUCGCGAAAUUAUUAGGCGUCUGUCAAGAUGAAGGGCCCAUGUAUUUGAUUUCUGAAUAUCCUGAACAAGGUGACCUAAAGACAGUCAUGCGCGAUUCCUCAACACCCCUGAGCCCAACCCAGAAAGUGAACAUUUGUGCAGCGGUCGCUUCUGGUAUGAACUAUCUUACAAGCCAUGGGUUCGUGCACAAAGACCUUGCAGCACGCAACUGCCUCGUGAACAAAUCAUUCUCCGCGAAAAUCUCGUUCCUCAGUCUCAACCAAGGUACCUAUCCUAAAGAAUACUACAAUCACAAGGGGGAACUUAUUCCCCUACGAUGGAUGGCCCCGGAAGCCCUGGAAGAUGACUACAGUGAUAUGAGCGAUGUCUGGUCGUUUGGUAUCCUCAUGUGGGAGGUUUAUACCGAGGGCAUUUUACCCUACGAGGAAAGACCCGAUGAGGAAGUUCUGCACUCCGUGGCCGAUGAUCUGCGCCUGACCAAACCCGAAGGGUGUCCUGGGAAGAUUUAUAAGAUGAUGGAAAAAUGUUGGGCGGACAAUAAAGAAGAUCGAUUAACGUUUGGGGCACUCUGCGAGGAUCUUUCUGAAAUACCGCGAGAAAUAGAUUUUUAAAUUUGAAGGCCAACUUUUUAGCGACUUUAAAUGAUGAUGAAAAUGCGAAAGUUUUAAUUCAUAUUUUAUCCGACUAAAACUGUUCUGAAAUACAAGGGGAAAACGAAAUAGCAAGCGGGGAGAGUUUUGGUAAAAAAAAUACAAAACAAAGUAUUUGAAAUUUGUAAAAACGUUGCAAAAAUGACUUCGGGAUCCAUUUUGGUCGAAACGGAGUGAAAAAUAAUUGCAAGAGAGUGGGGGGUCAUUCAUGGAAACUGUGACUUUGAACUGAAAGAGAUUCUUCAGGAGAGAGACGUUUUUUCAUGUGUUCAGCUUCGGUGGUAGGAUUCAGACAUGGACGAAGGAAAUGCAAGAUUUGGUUUGGUUCAUACGUAGAAUUGCUUUGAUCUUGCUACAACGAUUACAUGGGGGGGAAAUAGAGAACCAUUUCCAGCCGGGAAUAUUCGGUAUGAUGGGUACUGAUAUACGAUGGAUAUUGACAUGACAUAUCUUAAUGUACACUUUUGGGAAACGAAGUCAGCAAAUUGUCGAACGAACUUUUGUGCAAUAUGAAUCGUUACAAAGGAGAAUUUUUGAACAUAUUUUCACGAAUCACGAUGUCUGUAUUUAGAAGGAACAUCAUUUCUUUUCAUUCCAAAACGGUUUUAGAAAUAUAGUAAAAUUAGGUAGUACAAAUUAAAUUUUUAAACAACGUU